AUGGAAGCGUAUAUCAAACAAAAUCAGAUAAAGUUUAUUAUGCACAUACCCUUAAUUAAAAAUGAACUUUAUAAUUAUUAUAAAUUAAUACCUUUACCAGUGCAUAGUUAUAGUAAUAAUAUAUCUAACAUUAUCCUUCCUAAGUAUCCCUAUGUCCUAGUGAAAGGGUUGAAAGUCGAGCCGCUCUCACAACCAUGCCAAGAAAUAGAUGAAAACCGAUUUUUAUGUUCUGAAUUUGAAACUAUACUGGUAUUGAAGGACGAAUGUAUUACUACACUAAUGAAUUUUUCCCCCAACACAUCUUCAUGUCGUCCUGUGCCCGUUCUAAUCGAAGAUGUCAAGAUUUAUUUAGUACAACAAAAUCAUUGGAUAAUAUUUUCGAGAAUAGAAACCAUUAUAUCUAAAACGUGUGACAACGACGUUUCACAUGAGCCAUUAAUGGGCACUUACCUGUUAACCCUAGAUGAUGAUUGUUCGAUAAGAAUCAAGGAUUUCAACUUAAAAAGAAACGAACACCAGGGAAACGAUAUCGCGUUUACCCGAUUCCCAAUUGUAAACCUACCGUUAAUCUCCAGCGAAAUUAAGUCACAGAACAAGCGUCUGAAUUUAGAUGGAAUCGACCUUGCAGACGUUCAGCUCUUAAACCUUUUGGUGAAAAAUAGUGUUCCUACAAGUGUUAGUGAAAGUGAAUUAAAUCAAUGGUUCUUUGGUAUAAUUAAUAUAGUAAUAAGUUUUUUACUCAUGACAUGUGUCAUUUUAUUAGCAUUUAAAAAUAGAAUUAAGAAAAUUAUGUUUCAACCUAAACAGAAUAUUCGAGAUCAUCCAAACCCUGAGGAUAAUCUCGAUUCUAAGGAGAGAGGAGUUAUACAGUCACAAGACAUAUUUCCUAAUCUUUAA